AUGAGCAAGGCAGGAGGAGAAGCCGCGGCUGAUGGUGACAAAAAAUACAUAGUUCUAUUUGAUACAAGUAAAAAGGAGAUGUUGAACCCUAAUCAGGGUUAUAAGAAGAUCGUCCAAAAGCUAAAGACCAGAUAUAAAUGUGAUAUCAACAAAGGAGAUCUAAACUUGAAAAGAUUAAAAGAAUGUGAUCUACUACUACUUGGAGGACCAAGAAUGCCAUUUAACACUUAAGAAUUGAAUGACAUUAGAAAAUAUAUCGAUGAUGGAGGGAAGGUUAUGUUAUUGAUGCACGAAGGAGGAGAAAACAAACUAGGAACCAACAUAAAUGUAUUAUUAGAGUAGCUAGGAAUCAGUGUCAACAAUGAUGCUGUCAUUAGAAAGACCUUUUUUAAGUAUUUACAUCCUAAAGAAGCAUAUGUUGGUAACGGUAUCCUGAAUAAGGAGCUAGUAAGAGUGGCUCUUGGAAGACCUAAAGAAAAUGAUAACGGAAAGCAAAAGUUUGCUAAAAGAUAUAAGGACACUAAGGAUGAUUUACUAAGCAAGGAGGAGAAUGGAGGUUUGAAGUUUGUUUAUCCUUAUGGUGCAUCUUUAAAUGUUAGAAAGCCAAGCUUUCCUAUUCUCUCAAGUGGACCAAUCAGUUUUCCCCCCAACCGCCCUGUUGGAGCAUUUUAUAUGUCUCCCAGAGGAGGUAAACUGUUUGUAAUUGGUUCAAUUAUGUUUCUUGAAGAUGAAUUCUUUGAGAAGGAAGACAAUUAAAAAAUCUAAGAGGCUGCUUUCAAGUGGUUGCUCUAAGAUGGAGAUGCAGAGUUCGAAAGAAAUGUUAAAGAUGAGCCUGAAAUUCAGGAGUACGCUCACGUGCCAGAUAUUACCGCCUUGGCAGAUAGAUUAAGAUCCACACUACAAGAAUCAGACGAGCUACCCAGAAACUUCAUGACUCUUUACAAUUCUAAGCUCUACAAAUUCGACACUGAUUUGAUUCCUGAAGCUCUUAGACUCUUUACGCAGCUCAAUAUUAAGCACGAACCCCUAACACUUAUUCCUCCUCAAUUUGAAACCCCUAUGCCCGCCUUAUAAGCAGCAGUCUUCCCACCCACACUAAAAGAACUACCACCUCCAUCCCUUGACCUCUUUGACCUUGACGAACAAUUCGCCUCAGAAAAAAUAAGAAUGGCUCAGUUAACCAACAAAUGUUCUGAUGACGAUAUUGAAUACUACAUUAAAGAAUGUGGCGAUAUUCUCGGCCAAGGCGGUUACGACGAUGCUGCUUCAAAUAAAGCUUUCCACGAGCAAACGGAUAACUCGUAUACUGACCUAUAAAUGGUUUAAUUACCUAUUGAUUUUUAAGUAAAAGUUUGA